CGCCUGGUCUGGAGUCUUAUCCGAACCAUCGCUGCCUCCAAGUAAUUUGCUCGCCGCUAAGCGAGAUAGAGAUCGGUUUGUGCAACACCAGAUGUGAGCGCCGCGUUUGUGUACUUCUCAUCCCUGUAGCACUGGUGGAAGGAUGUUGUUUGCCCUCCCUAGAGACUCGGUGCCACUGAACGCCUCGGGGCUCGCAGCUAGACCGCCGGGUCUACCCGGCGAGGCGAGGGCAGUUGAAAGCGCUGCCCAAUUCGUUCGCUGCACCGCCUUCGGUAAAUCAGAAAUCCAGAAACCUGCUCACUGAAGCCACCGGAGCUGUGCAUCAGAAGAAACUAAUCAACUCAGCAAAGGGCUUCUGGACUCGUUAGCUAGCGAUGCCUUCUCCCAAACCCAGUACACGCUGUAACAGCGCGCCCUGUAUAUCCUGCCUUGUGUUUUGUUAGUUGUUGCUAUUCGGGUUUUAACGCUAGCUCUUGUGCGCCUCGUUUUAUUGCAGAUCGCUUCAGUUAGGAAAGAUGUAAUCAGCUGAAAAUCUGACCCGGAGUCUGCACUGGGAGCCACAAGCGCUCGGCAGAGAAGCAAGUUCCCCGGGAGGUCUGUCACGCUGCUGCUUUUGAACAGGAGCGAUGUCUGGUGCAAGAGGCAUUGUUCCCACUGUGAACAGUUGCGACAGGAAGCCGCUCAGUACCGAGAAGGUAAAGGAUGAAGUGAAUGUGGUGGCGGUGGACUCCGACAUCGAAGACCAAAGUUACAAGCUUUCGGCAAAUUGCAGCAAAACUAACCGAUCGCCCAAGCAGGCUGGCGAGGGGCCGUGCAUGGUCGCCCCCGUGUUUGCCCACGCCAGAUUAGGCGGCUCACUUUGGAAUAAUGACAAUGCCGUGUUCUGGGGAAGGAAACCGCCCGCAAUACAUUCUAAUAAGACCCAUGUGCAUAGAAGUGACUCUCAGAGGCCGGGGAUCAUUGACAGACUGCCAGCCACUUUGCAAAUUGUGCAUAGCGAUCUGGCGCCUGCCUUGUCUCCCGAGCUGAGCAAAACUUCAGCAGGGGAUUGCACCAGCGAAUGCAAUGCAUCCGACGCCGACCUCCUAGCUCUCCAGGAGCACGCCGGUGCGUUCGCCGCCUUCCCAGCUCUGGGGGCUAUCUCGGUGCCCCCGGGUUUUAUCAUCAUGACCGCCCUGCACGCCCCCGGCGCCCUGGCGGCCGUGUCGGACAGCGCGGUGCACCUGGCCGGCCUGCCCGAGUGGCCUGUGCACCGGGCGGCGGCCGCCGGCGCCGGGCACCCCGCCAAGAAGAAAAGGAAGAGGUGCGGGCUGUGCGCUCCCUGCAGGAGGCUUAUCAACUGUGGAGAGUGUAGCAGCUGCCGCAACCGCAAGACCGGCCACCAGAUCUGCAAACUGCGGAAAUGCGAGGAACUGAAAAAAAAGCCGGGCUCUUCACCAGAGAGGGUGAUUGUCCCGGGUGGAAGUGAAGCCUUCAGAUGGUUCUUCUGAGCAUAGUUGCAGAUCUCCUCAAGACCUCAUGAAGCUUGAAAAGUCCGCGAGCAGAGAGCUAGUUCUGCACGUGUUCCUGACACAAGGCACGAGCUCCAUGCUGAUGGUUCUUUUUCUGUUUUUGUAGUGGGCGUAUUUUUGAGCAUCUUUGGUUUUAUGUCAAAACUCUAUGCUGGUAUUAUUAGGGGUGAAUUUGUGCAAAAAGUCAGCUUGCAUUGUAUGGUGAAGAGAACUGGACAAUCAUUCGACCAUAUUGAACAUUUGUGGCCAGUGCUAUUGUUUAUAAAACAAAACUUGUAUAAGAAAGGGGGAAUUAAGCAAUAACCUAUAGUGCAAUUGUACAGAUAAUGAGCAUGUUUUGUAGGGUAGUGAAAGAUAUAACAGUUUCCUAAGAGUAGAUUCAUUGUUCCAUGGGGUGUAACAAUGAUUUAUACUUCUUAGCAUCUCCAGCUCCUGGUUUCAGAUGCUUCUUUACGUCAACAGACAAAGACAACAGGACCACUGCAGUGCUGUUUGAUUUUUGAAAUUGGGGGACUGACUGUAUAACAAAUGAAUAAUAGCACGAAAGAGGGCAUGGGGAAAGGUGUGAUUCACUGGUUGUGAAGAAAUCGCCUUAUGUCUCCAAAUACCAUACAGUGUGGAGACGUAUAUUUAACAGGGUAAUUUUCCUCAUCUUUUAAAGAUGCACUUUGGUGAAAAGCCUUUGAAGAAUUCUCCAUUUUGAGCAUUGUGAUAUAAUGGAGAGUUCGGUGAUUGACCAUACGAGGCACUCAGUAUAUUGUCUCCUGAGGAUGCAUCAAUACAAUACAUCAAACCAUUCACCUGGCCCAGUGUGUACAUUUUGCCUCCAUUUACAAUUUACAGUGCUCUCCACAAUGUUUGGGACAAAGAUCCAUCAUUUAUUUAUUUGCCUCUGUACCCCACAAUUUGAGAUUUGUAAUA